CAAGUACCAGCCACCGAACCCGACCGAAUGAACAGACAGCCGUCCCAUGCCCACUGGCAAAGGUAUCGAUCACCCCCUGAGUGUGGUGGUAUUGGUAGCAACCUCAUUGGUAGCCUGUUUCCACCCUUGUCGGGUACGGUUGUGUUGGUGCUGGAGACGAUGAAAUGAUGUAAACCUUCAACAACGUCAUCCCCCACCUCGAUGGUUGGCUCCACCACCACCACCAGCUCCUCCUUCCUCCUUCUAUUCAAGGGAGUAGGGGGGUAAACUUUAUGCUUGAUGUUUACGGUUUUCUGUACGUUCGUUCUCUUUCCUGCCGCACUGUGCGGUGGCCCGUACCAUUGCCGGCCUGCUUACACCCACCAGGGCGCAUCCGCGGUGUGUGUGUGUCGCGCUGCGACGCGUUUUUUGUUGUUGAUGAUGCGUUUACUCACCUAACAGACGGGCUCACCAUAAUGUUAGGAGUUGCCGUUUUUGGGAGCUUUUUAAAAGGCUCGUCGCUUGUCAGCUCAGCUCAAGUCUUUUGUGCUCCCGCGUACUUCAUGAAUGAACUCAAAGUAAUUAACGAUGAGGAGGGGGGUAGGGGAUGGGGAGGAAAAUUACAUGUUGUUUGGGUUUGCUUGUUGAAAGCAUUGAAAAAAAACUUAAACAAUUUUGUUAACAAACCGAAGCGAUCUAUAUGGACUUACAACGUUAAAGUAUAUGUAAGCACAGAUAGAAAGAAGUGUAUUGAAAAAGGUUCGUGCCUUGCCGACGAGUUGAAGUCUUUUGUGUUCACGGAAUUGGCCCGAGGCCGCUGGGUCAGCGCUUUACUCCGCAAAUGGAGUAUGAUUUAAAUAACAAUAAUAAUAAUAAUAAAAAACAAGUUUACCAUUCACCCGUUUAUCGAAAAAAAAUGGCAAAAGUAAAAGCUAUUUUAUUAUCGUUCCAUCACAUGCGGUGAUGGACAAAACAUGAUUGCAAAUGUCACGUUCAUCAGUUUUGUUUUACAAUGCUGCUUAUUUGAACUGCAAUGAGAAAGUUUAUAAGUAAGAGUUAAUUCUGUUGAGAUGCAUUCUGUUGAGUGUUGCAUGGACCAGUAGCAAAAUGAUCGUCGUGCGCGUUGUUAUCAUUUGGUGCUGUUUACUUUCUAUUGCUUGUGCUCGUCCCGCUUCCGUGCUCAGAACCAUCGGCAGACGUAAAGGAUCGCUUAAAGGUGUACCGAUUAAAAUUAAACGACAAACAGACGACCUGCAUCGGAGAUUGAUAGGAAUCGAUCCACCUCAUUACGGCAGCGAACAGUUCUCUGCCGAACGGCACAGUGACGAGUCGAUGCUACAGUUGCAGAAAAAAGCAUCCAUAGCAGAAAUUUUCCGACACCGGCUGAUGGCUUGCGGCUUAAUAACGACCAAAUCUCCCGAGCGCUGGCGUGAUCGUUUGAUUGCCGAGCUGGACGAGAUAGUCACCGAGAUAGAGCAUCGGUGUGCGCUUUGCAAAACACUGUACGAUGAGCCGUCUCGGUACGAUGUGCUGAGAAGCUUGAUCGAUCCGUGUCCAGCCUGCUGUCGGCGGAAAAACAACAAAAAGCAGCUUCUGCUCACACUUCAAAAAGUGUUGGAAAAAUCGCUCGACAGUGAACCGGGGCCGAGUGAAAGCAGUGCCGGAGGGGAAGAGGAAAAGGAAGGUCACGAUUCACGCAUUUGGCCCAUUACGGAGAUACCGAAGAGUAGGAAGACGCGGAGUACCACCGAAACACCUAUGCCACCACUGACGACCCAGUCGAUCGUGAGUGAUCAUGAAGGGGUUCGGGAUUUACAAACUGCCGAACAGAACCGUAAGCUAAAGACAUCCUGGUGGUCCCACCAUCCUACAAUACAAUCGCAAGGAUCACUUUACACGGCGGAAACGACAUCAAGCGCAAAUGAAACGGACGGCUCGGAGUAUGAUGGAAGGCACGAACCGCCAGCCGUGCACGUUAUCAAUGGACAGCCGGUCGAUAAUGUGCACGAUUUUCUGCAGCAAUACAUGGACCUCGUGUACGGGGGGCUACCGGGCAAUGAGCAACGGAAGCAGUUUUUUCUUGACCAGCUGUGCCGAAACGCAACCAACGGCAGGAUCGUGCUGCAGUGCCACGAUGGCAGCGCCGGGCAGCGGAGAACGCGUUUCACCUCCGAGUCAAGUGCUCAAGCGGCCGAAAAAGUAUCAGCUUGGCAUGUUAGUGAAGAUUCCGACGCCUCAAGUAACGUUCAAAAAUCGUUACUUUUUACUACCCCCUCGUUGAAUGUGCUUAAGCCCAAAGUGAUGGGAUGCCAGUCGUGCUGGACGCUUGGUAGAAAACGGGCCGAAUGGGAUGGACACUAGUAUAGGCUGACCGUACCGUUUCGUAUUCAACGGAACAACACAGUUUUUUUUUAAACCAAUAGUGGAUGUCCAUUCGUAUAUGUAAGCAUUACUAAUUCGUCCCUUUGUAGGAUGUCGGAAUGGUCUAAUAGACACUGAUUAAUUACAUAAUUCUUACUGAGAUUAAGGAUUGAAAUAAAUAAUUAAUUUCAGUGACAGAUCGAUCGGUGCACGUGUAUAAGGAAAAUAAAAACCAGUCGCUGUACUCAGCUUAUUAGGCGAAAGAAGAUACCACAGAUUAUAUGAUAUAGAGAGCACUGGAUCUAUUUAGGUGCACCAUUUUCAAUGGUUGGUACCAACAAUUUACUGGUCAUGCUUUUUGAGACUAAGAAUUUGGGGUCAAAAGUACUUAUAACCCAGUUUAUUAAGUUAAUUUUAAGUCUUAAAAUUGCAUGCAAAAUGAGUGAAACUAUCGUCAGGAUCGGACCACGGAUCACGUUCUUGGCCGCAAAGUUAUUGGAUUUUUGCGACAAAGAACUAUGCGACCAAGAACUUUUUGACCAAGAAUUUUGCGACCAAAUUUUGCAACAUUCUUGGUCGCAAAAAUCUUGGUCGCAAAAAUCUUGGUCGCAAAAAUCUACAGUAAUUAUUAUCGUGCACAUUUUGUGUUCCAUUUGUUUGAUGUUGAUUGAAAUAAGUUAGAAAACGUUAGAACGUUAAGUUAGAAAACUUAAGCAUGCGUCAAUUGCACCGGAAAUACGAUUCCAUGUGCAGCAUAUGAAUUACCCCGUUCAUAGAUAUCCAAGUCACGAACCUCGAUGUAGACCAAAUGCGAUGAAACGCAUCGCCAGUGUAAACGGCCCUUAAGUGUAAACGUUCAUCCUCGUGCGAUGUUUAAAAGGUUCACAUUUUAAUAUAAUUUCUGAAAGACGCUUCAAUUACUCCAUUUUCAUCAAAAAUAAAACCCAUUAGUUGAAAUCUGUGCGAAUAAUAGUUUAUUUACCAAAAUAACUCACAUUCAGCUGUCGUUUUGUCAGAUCAUUGCAAUUCAUCGCCGUUCAAUAUUGACGUUCGUGUAGCAGCUGCUACAGCGCUGUCAAAAAGCGGACAGUGCAAAAAAAAACCGGCGCGUUGAGGAGCGUGAAAAUAACGUGAACAGCGUCGGCUAAAUUUGGGUGUAAAUUCUUUAGUUUAUCGAUAAAAUUACACAGGCUACACUAGCACGGAACGCAAUACCGAGUGAGCAGCAGAACAGCAUGUCGACCGACAUCAGUCUAGAGCUGGUGGAUGUGUUGCCGUACACGCGCGAACAGUGCACCGCCGCCGAUGGCUCGGACACGCAAG